AUGGCUCCCCACCCUCAGAAGAAGAUCUCCGCCAGCCAGCCACUUGUCUGCUCGGCCUCCGAAGAGCGCGCCAAGCUGCAAGCUCGUCUCUACGCCCUCGAGGCUGCCAAUCCGACGGAAUCGGUGUCGGCGAGUGUCGCGCGCCCCAAGAAGAACCAAUGGAGGGAAAGGAAGGGCUCAAGCGCCAGAGGCCAAGCGGAGUGGUCGUGUCGAGGUGGUAGUACCACAGGUUUGUGCGGCGAGAGCGGUUUUGCGGAGCACAACGUGUCCAACGUGGAGAUCUGCAGCGAGGUCUCCACUGCGUCGAGCAAGGUGCGUAUCCAAGUCACCUAUCGGACAGAGCUGUCGCUCCCCGACCCAGCCCCUGUGAAGCAGGCCAAGCACAAUGAGCCAGCUUUGGUCGUCGACGAGGACAACAAUCCGGAGGUGAAUAUGCCGUGCACGCAGUGCAAGGCCACGAAGAAGGAGUGCCAGCCACCCAUCGCCCAAGGCAAGGCCACAGCCUGCCGCAAUUGUGCACGCAACAAGAAGUUGUGUUUGUUUGCGAACACCACCCCACGUGCCCCGACCGCUAGUGCCGCUCCGCACACUCUGAUGACCAGCGCUGUCGUUCCGUGCUGUCAAGAGUCUUGGGCCACCCAUCCCCGCCACAACGAAGAUAACCUGUGGUCGGAGGUGAUGGAGGCGCAGCGGGCCUUGCACCAGGGGGAGUGGUCCAACGACCACUCGUUCCUUCUGGAUGAAAUCAGGCGAAUUGUCGGCGGGUCGGAGGAGCGGGUCCAGGACAAGUUGGCCAACCUGCGUCGGCAGGUGGAGGCCCUUACGAGUCAAGUGGCGGAGUUUGUGGAGGGUUCGUCGAGGCAGGGCAGAUCGGAGUCGGAGGAGGGUGAGGGUGAAGAGGAAGAAGAAGGAGAGGAGUCGGAGGAAUAA